GAACUGUCAUCUCCGAGGGCUCGUCGCGGUUUUAUGGAAGAAGCCAGAUCUACCACGAUGCCUGGGUCUCUUCCAGUGAAUGCUGAAUCCUGUUGGCCCAAAGAUGUGGGAAUUGUGGCGCUAGAAAUAUAUUUUCCCUCUCAGUAUGUUGACCAGACAGAGCUAGAGAAGUAUGAUGGUGUGGAUGCAGGGAAGUACACCAUCGGGCUCGGCCAGGCCAGGAUGGGGUUCUGCUCUGACCGGGAGGAUAUCAACUCUCUCUGCUUGACUGUGGUCCAGAAGCUCAUGGAGAGGAACAACCUUUCCUACGAUUGUAUUGGGAGAUUAGAAGUUGGAACGGAGACCAUCAUUGAUAAAUCAAAAUCUGUGAAGACUGUCCUGAUGCAGCUGUUUGAAGAAUCUGGUAACACAGAUGUGGAAGGAAUCGACACCACCAAUGCAUGCUACGGAGGCACUGCUGCUCUUUUUAAUGCCAUUAAUUGGAUUGAGUCCAGUUCUUGGGAUGGACGCUAUGCCCUUGUGGUGGCUGGAGACAUCGCUGUCUAUGCCUCUGGGAAUGCGAGGCCAACUGGUGGGGCUGGUGCCGUUGCCAUGCUGGUUGGUCCAAAUGCACCCUUGAUCUUUGAGAGAGGGUUGCGUGGAACCCACAUGCAGCAUGCCUAUGACUUCUACAAACCAGAUAUGGUCUCUGAAUACCCUGUGGUGGAUGGCAAACUCUCUAUACAGUGCUACCUCAGUGCUUUGGAUCGCUGCUAUACUGUCUAUCGCAACAAAAUCCAUGCCCAGUGGCAGAAGGAGGGGACAGACAGACGUUUCACCUUGAAUGAUUUUGGAUUCAUGAUCUUUCAUUCUCCGUACUGUAAACUGGUACAGAAAUCCGUGGCCAGACUCUUGCUGAAUGACUUUCUCAGUGACCAGAACCCAGAAACAGCAAAUGGUGUUUUCAGUGGUCUGGAAGCUUUCAGGGAUAUAAAACUUGAAGAUACGUAUUUUGACAGAGAUGUGGAAAAAGCUUUUAUGAAAGCUAGUGCGGAGCUCUUCAAUCAGAAAACCAAAGCUUCGUUGCUCGUGUCCAAUCAGAAUGGAAAUAUGUAUACCCCUUCAGUCUAUGGUUGCCUUGCCUCUCUUCUAGCCCAGUACUCCCCAGAGCAGCUGGCAGGACAGAGAAUCAGUGUGUUCUCCUACGGCUCUGGGUUUGCUGCUACCCUGUAUUCCAUCAGGGUUACCCAGGAUGCCACUCCAGGUUCUGCACUGGACAAGAUAACUGCCAGCCUUUCUGAUCUCAAAGCAAGACUUGACUCAAGAAAGUGUAUUUCACCUGAUGUCUUUGCUGAAAACAUGAAGAUCAGACAGGAAACACACCAUUUGGCCAACUAUAUUCCACAGUGCUCAGUAGAGGAUCUCUUUGAAGGAACCUGGUACCUUGUGCGUGUGGAUGAAAAACACAGGCGAACUUAUGCCCGGCGCCCACUCCUGGGUGAUGGACCUCUGGAGGCAAGAGUUGGAGUUGUGCACCCAGGCAUUGUUCAUGAGCACAUCCCAAGCCCUGCUAAGAAAGUGCCAAGAAUCCCUGCAACAACAGAAACUGAAGGCGUUACUGUUGCCCUUUCCAAUGGGGAGCAUUAAGAUACCUCUGUGAGGUGGGAAAAGAAAGAAGGUGUAAGGGUAGGGUGAGAGAGAGAGAAAUAGGAUUGCAGUAGUGCUGAAGUUUCAGUGUACACUAGUACUUCAUUGGAGUGUAAAAAAACUCUUUAAGCUCCUUGGAAAAAACCAUCAUAAUACAGUGUGCUGAUUUUAAAGUAUUUUCAGAACACUAAAAUCAGGAGUAUAUUGGAGAUAGAAGGACUUGCUAGGUCCUUUGUGGAUUCCUUAACUUGUCUGAAUUUUUUUAAUUACUGAGAAGUAGCUGUAGUCUAUUACAAGGUCUUUGUACAUAGAAAAAAA